UAAUGGUCUAACCGGACCAACUAGAAUACCAAGCUCGGUAAAACCAGCAAAGGUUUCCCCAAAUAUCUCAAACCCUAGAAAGCCACCAACUUUUUUUUUUUCUCCUUUCAAUCUCUGGAGGGCAACCGGAGCCCAAUCCCUGAAAAAUGAAGACAGUCUCCGGUAAGGUACUCUCGUCGAAGCCAGUCUCUCUUAAGAAGGCGACCUCGAUUCUCUCCACAUUCGCAUCAGCCGACAACGGCGCGUCUCCGGCAAUCUGCGCCUACCUCCGACGCGCCCUGGCCUCGUUUAAGGAGCUGAGACAUCAGGAGAAGGAGGUCGGAGCUCGACGUUCCGAGCGGAGGCACGAGAGGCCCAAACAGGAGGUCGUUAGCGAGGUGGAGGCAGUACCAGUGAACCCGACUCGGAGUGCCGAGGUGAGUAAGGCACCGAGUCAAAAACAAAAAAGACAUCGACUGGAUAGUAAUAUUAGCGGAAGUCCCGUUGGCAAGGAUGAUAAACCGAACCAGAGUGUUGUUUCCGGUCCGGAAACGAGUCAUGGGGUUGGAGACAACGUGGGAGAGAAGGGAAAGAGAGAGAAACGGGGGAAGAAUAAGCAGAAGGGUGAGUUUGGUGAAUUCAGGGGUAAUGGAGGUACUGGGAGUAAUUUGAAAAUCGAGGCGGAAGAUGAUCGGGGUCAAGAGACGGGUGAAGGAGAUGAUGGCGUAGUGGGGACGGAGAACCAGAGAAAGAGGGACGGAAAGAAGAAGAAGAAAAAAGAUGGGGAUUAUGUUGAAAAUGUUGAAAAUGAUGGGUUCGAAGAGGCAAAAGGGAAGUUCAGGAAGAAGAAAAUUAUUGAAGAGAUUAAAGAAGAAAUUAAAGAGAUCGGUUUAGAUGAUUCGGAGACGGCGGAGCAGCAGAGUAAUAAAAAGAAGAAGAAGAUUAAAAUUGACGGCGAUAAGUUUGAUAACAAUGGGGUUGGCGCUGAGGACAAAUAUGAUGGAAGUAAAAUGAGAAUUGAAGAGGUAAAGAAGGAGAGCAAGAAGAGGAAGAUUGAGGUUGAAGAGAAAAAGGUGGUGGAUGAUUCAGAGGAGCAGUGGAGUAAGAAGAAGAAGAGGAGGAAAACUGAUUGAAAUAGUUGACUAUAGGCAGUUUAGCUAUAUUGCUGUUGGUGUUGCGUUUGGGAUCUGGUGAAGAUUUUGUUUUUUCUCUUGGUCGAAUUGAGGGUAUUUUUCUUGUAACGCGUAAUUUUUUGAUGCAAUGGUGAGGGAAUGCUGUUUUUUGGUUGCUAUUGAUUGAAAUGUUGUGGUUAGUGUUGUACCUGUUAAAGCAUAAAAAGAUGUUUAUGUCAAGUGUGCAAUUAGAUGGUGGAUGAAAGAAGUGAUCAUUGAAAACAAAGGCAGCAUAUGAGUAUGCUUUUUUUCUGUUAGAAAAUUGCGCUUCACUCCUUUGCUAAUGCUUCUGCCUGUGUCUAUAUUAAUUUUAAUUACCCUAGUGAACUUAGGAAGACACCUUCCCUACAUACUCUGUAGUGGCAGUGAUUCUUCACUUGGUUUAUUGAACUAUAAGUUUCAUUGGAUGCUGAUGUAAUGGGGACUAUGGAAAGAUUUUCAGGUGCAUUUCUUAUGUUAUGACAGCUUUAGUUAUUGUUUGGGCACCUUGGUGACUGUUUGGAACUCAUAUAUUGCUUUUAGGAUGCUGAUGAAAGUGAUGGCUACUGCAUGUAGUUGCUUGACUUGUCUUUUUAUUGUAGAGAACAUUCCCAGUUUGGGGUAAUCGUGUAGUUGGGAUAUUUUGGUUGUUUCUAAUUUGCAGCUUCUGCCUCCAUCCAGUCUUUUCUCAUUCUUAGUGCAUAUUCAUUCUAACUGACCGUUGUGACGUUUUUGUGCUUGGAUAUACCGAUCACGAUGUUUGUUGCAAAACUUUCCAACCACACAUUGUGCUUAAUACACAACAUUAUGCAAAACUACAAGGCUAUGAUGUAGAGAUGAUAUCCAAUGCUCUGCAACAUAAAACUAGUUUGCUGCUGAAUUUGUCAACUCUGUGACUCUUGGUUCAUAAAAACUGAGUGAAAAGGAAAAUAUUACAGAAUCAAGUCUCUUUGUUUUGAGUGAGAAGGAAAAUGGUUACAGAAUUAUAUAUGGCACUUUAAUUAAUCGUUUUUCCUUAUAUCAUAGAUAUAUUUUACAUUUCCUUGGAGUCUUCUCUGCCUUGUUAAAUGAAGUGAUUUCAUUCAAAAAAUACUAAUGAAGAUAUGUGAGCACUGUUGAUCCUCUUUGAAUCAAACCCACUAUACAUACAGGAAGAUUGUGUGCUUGAAUCUGUCAAGUUUUAUUCCAAGGCAGAACACAUAUGAGCAAACUUAACUUUACAUGGGCGUAUUUUACAUCUUAAUUGCAAAGUGUAGUGACUCAUCCUUGACUUCAUGCAUUCCAUGCCUAAACAAAAGAAGAGAGAAAGGAAAAAGUACACGAGUUAUCAAAUGAUGUAGAAUCUGGAGGUAAAGCAUAAUCAAAAAGAAAUAGAGCCCUUUUCAUUGCUUGUCCAUCAAUCAUUAAAGCAUCAUUACUUGGCAAAUGAUAUGCAGGACGUAGAGGACUACAUUGACAAACUCUCAUUUUUAUCUGAAAGCAAAUAUAAUAACAGUAUUCUGUAUAUGAAAAUAUUUAGGUUGUGGUGCUUCUUUUUUCCAGUCUUUUGUCUCAGUUGUCUUGCUUAAUUCUCAGCUGUGAAUGAGUAAGAUUGGCUAGAGAGUUGGAACUGAGUUACUUGGAGGAUGAUCAGGAACUGAAGCGAAGGCAGCCAGGUUACUACUGGUUUUGUUAGUCUGAGGCCUCUUUGGGAAGCAUAGUGAGGGUUGAUGAAUCCAUUUGCUUUGAUCAGUUUCUCUCGGGAGUAAUGGAACCCGAAGGAAUUGCAGAGCACUUUAUGGAUUCAGGACUUCUCUAUUAUGGGCAUACAAAAAAGGCCCCUGAGCUUGGUGCAAGCAUGUGCAAACUGCAAAGAGGCUAGUGAUGCCAUAACUUGAUUGGUGGAAGGAACAUGAGUAAAAUGUUAGCACUUAAACAUGCUGAUCUCCUAUAUCAUUUGCAUUUGUGGGUCGUCGUUUUUGGUCAUCUUGAUAAGACUUGCUUGCUUAAUGACUAGCUGACUGUUGAAGUUAUACAUGAUUUCAUGGCUGUAGUGAUGGGCACAUGCUACUCAGUACUGAUUCGUAUUGAAUUAUGGGGAAAACUGGGUAUUCGUUUUCAGAAUGAAAAAUUCAGUCCAUUUUA